AUAGCACCGACGGACAUGUUUACAUCGACCCGUUUCAAGACCAUCUGACACGUUCUUUGGGGCAUUUAUAUUCCCCAUGCGUCUUCAUGAAUAGUCCUUAGGCCUUAUUAUCGACCGCGUGAACACUCGCUGCCUCUGCAAUGGCGACUUUUGCUAAAUCCUCUUUCGACACCACCAUCUAUGCCACUUUCAGGCCAACCUACCCUAGGUCCCUGUUUGACUUCAUAUUCCGGUACCACGAACGCAAUGAGGGUGCAAGAUGGGAUAAAGCAGUCGACCUUGGUUGUGGGACGGGUCAAGCAACAGUCGAGCUCACACCCUUCAAGCGCGUCACUGGCGUCGACCCAAGUUCUAAGAUGAUUGAAGUUGCUCAAGAUACCCCCAAGAACACGCUAGAGAACACUGGGAAAUUUGAGUACAUACAGGCGAGCGCAGAGAGUCUAACAUUCUUGGAGGAUAGCAGUGUGGAUCUAGUUAUUGCCGCCCAGGCAGGCCAUUGGUUCGAUUGGAACAAAAUGUGGCCUGAGCUCGCAAGAGUGCUGAGGAAGAAUGGCAGUGCUGCAUUCUGGAUUUAUUCCGAGUUCCGCUUCGCCCGCUAUCCGUCACUCACACAGAAAAUCAAUGAUUAUAGCCAAGGCAUUGACCCACUGAACAGCGUUGGUCCAUACUGGCAGCAACCCGGCCGUUCAAUUUUAGAGAACCACUUGAUUGAAAUUCCAGAUGGCAAUGAAGUUGUACCUGGCGCGUUCAGUGAUUUCGAGAGAGUCUUCUUCACAGGCGACUACUACCCAUCCCUCCCUUCCCCACGCUCUGUGAUCAUGCACAAGAAGAUGACGUGGGAUGGCCUGCUAUCUUAUCUCAAUACGUGGAGCUCGUUGCACACGUUCCGUCAGCACAACCCUACAGAUGAGGAGAACCCGCGUGGAGAUGUUGCAGUUCGGUUCUGGAAAGAUCUCAAGGAGAGUGUCGAGCGGGAGGAUGGGAGGGCCGUGGAAGGACAUGAUGAAGUAGACAUUGAAUGGCCGAUGGCGAUGAUAAUGAUUAAGAGAGCGUAAUAGUGCUAUUGGCAAUUGGUGAUACCAUGACUCGCAAGGCUAGAAAAUCAUAACAAAUACAGUAUCAAAUGAAUUGAACGCUGACUCCCCUAUGCUAUUACUGCCAAAUCUCGUCAGAGUAGUUUCCUUGGCCGGAGCGAGCUCGCCUGUUUUCGACGACGAAUUCACAAUCAACAUUGCAACUAUAUUAACAUUUCCAGAUUUUCCAAGUGCAAUAAUUCGGUCAGAAUUAAUACGCAUGCCCUUUCCGAGGUGGCCCGUCACGAGAUCAGCCCGCUGACCUUAUCAGUG